GUAAUAAUAUUAUGAUAUCGACUUCAACACACAAUAAACCAUUAUUGAAGACAGAUUUCAAAAAAACUUAAGGUUAAAGACCUUGGACGUUUUACGUGACGAAAAAAUUCUGGGUGCAGUCUUAAGACAGGAAGGUCUGAAAAUUCUUCUACAUGUAAAUCGAUGUGAACUUUUAACAAAUAUAUUUAGAAGGAAGGUCUCUUCACCUGUUCACAGAAUCUGUGACCACCCCAAAAAUAAUAUGCACUCUCCCCACUCCGUAAGGCGAAGCCGUAGUACUGUAUAUAAUAAAAAUGCUUUUUGUAAUAAUUUAUCAAUAUGUAAACUAUUAAAUAUAAUUCUAUUGUUGUCUUAAUAGGUACGUAUUCAAAUUGUAUGUAAAAAAUAUAGAUAAUGAACGAAUCCUGUGCUAAUUGAUUAAUAACUGUCAUAGCUGUAAUAAUUGAUUAAGUCCAGAAAUCAGAUAUAGUAUUUUAACAAGCAGUAACAAGCUAAUAUCUAAGGUGGCUUGUAUAUUAAAACAUCAAGUUUCUGGCUAAUAUUUUAGUGUUUAAUAUCUGGCUUAAAACAAUUCAUAAGAAUAUGACCUCUUAAAUUAUUGAAUUCAAUUUAGUUCAGUUCUAGUUUGAACGUUGAGAAUACAGCAUAAUCGGUGAAACUCUCCAAAUUUUUUUCUUUUUUGAUUUAGUUCAUGUACCCAUUUUCUUUUUUUUCGUCUUGCUUGACUCAAGGCAAGCAGAAGAAGCAAUUCUUCUUUUUCAAAACAACUGCUAGACAUUUUGUAAAAUAAAAUAAAAACAGAAAACGUGAGAUAAAAAAAUGAAAAAUAAAAAACAACACUCUUGGUCGUGGCAAUUUUCACACUAGUACGCUCAAACUUGUCCGCAUUCUGUUUGACUAUCCUAGUCCGCAGCAGACCAGCGGACUAGUUGGACGGACAUGUCCACGCGGACAGUCCGCUUUCUGUUUGACCGAUCCUUAAUCGUAUGCUCCGAGCCGAAAAAACAGUAUAACAGUCGUCCUUUUUUAGGCUACCCAUGUAAUCUUUUUUAAAGUUUCCCUUCUGGUUAUUCUGUGGCUUUAUCAACAGCAAGCAAAAUAUUAUGAUAACAGAUCAUGUAAACAAAUAUUAUUGAGUAAUUAAUCAUCGUAGUUAGUGAAUAAUAAUACCGUUUUUGUCGUUACAUCUCGUUUGUAGCUAUUUUUACUUUUUGCAAUAUAAAAUACAUUUUUAUUUACUUAAAAAUUAUGGUUUUGUAAGUAACAUAUAAUAUUAAAAUAUAUAUGAUUGACAAAUAACAAACGGCGUUUAAUUCCAAAAAAAUGCCUCACAUGCAACACAUUGACGAAUUGAUCCGAGAAUAUUUUUUAUUUCGAGGAUUCACAAAUUCAUUGAAAUGGUUUGAUUAUGAUGUAAAAGCUGACAAAGAUAAAGGAUUUAGAGUUGACAAACUAGUUGAACAAAUAACACAAUUGGUAUAUUCUUAUGACUUAGCCACAAUUAGAGACCUCUGGUCACAUUUUGAAAAUAAACUUUUUUCAAAGCUCGAUCAAGACGUAUCAUCAGCUGUUAAAAAAUUAGAAAACAGUUUGCUCAAAUUUUACGUUGUGCACGCAUUGACUAACAACCGUUCAGACAAAGUCUACGAAUUUUUAACAAAAAUGACUAAUGAUAUUCAUGUGCAAGCUGAAUGGAAAGAUUGGUUUAUGUUGCCAUACUUAAAAAAUAUCGAAGAAAAUCCAUUAUUUGCUGUUUAUUUUACUAAACAGUGGCAAGAUUCAUUUCUAAUAUCUCUGCAUAAUUUUUUAGCCAUUGUUUAUCAAAUCAUUCCACGUCCCAGUUUGUGUCACUAUGAAGACGAUGCAAACAAAAUACGAAGACUUCAAGAUGAAAUUGACGUACUCAAACAAAAACUCACCGAUGGAGUUUCUCAACCAAAAUAUAACACAGUCAGCGGUUCGUUUUCUACUAAACCACCACUCGACAUAAUUGAUGAUUUCUACACAGUUUCUCAGGAAAAUAGCAAUAACACUAAUACUGAUACGUCUAUGAAAUCUUUAAGAACUUUGAUCAGAACCAUCGGAGGAUUACCCACUAGUCCAAUAUUGGGUAAACAGAUAAAUACAAAAAGAAUAUCACAACCAAUUCCUACGACUGCUGAAAUUGGAUUCAAAAAACACGUUGCGACUACCAAUUCAAAACUCUCAACUAGUCUGUCGACUUCUCCUUCUUCAUGUAUUAUGAUGAGGCCUGGAAGCACUAGUGACAGUAGCCGCAGAACCGUAUCAAAACGAUCAAUAUCAUUAGAACGUGACUCUUCACGAAGUAGAGGUCCUCGUGAUACAAGUUUAGACAAUUUAGAUAAAAGACUACAAAAAGUUCCUCCAUUUCUAUUGCUGAGUCAAGAAUCCUUUAAUGAACAUAAAACUAGAAUCACUCAGUGCUGGUUCAACUUAUCGGGCUCAUUAAUAGCUAGCUCAGAUAAUGACGGUUGUUUAAAAAUUUGGACAGCUGCGCCAUCACCUAAGGUAAUUGGUUCGACAAAUCUGAAGAAAAUAGUUUACAGCCUUGACUGGUUUAAGACUAAUGAUCGAUAUUUAUUACUUGGAUGCGAUGAUUGUACAAUUAUAUUGUACGAUGCUAAAGAAAUGAAAAUCUCAUGGGAACUGAAUCCAUUCAAACAAUCAACUAAUUUAAGAAUACAGUGUGUUAAAUGUGGCCCUACAGACUCUACAUUCAUUUGUUCGCUGGUUUCCAAAGAUAACAAUAAAUUACUCUUGUAUGACCUCAAAACCAAAAAAAUUGAAAGACAACUCAUACUGGGUAAUGAUGAUGUGGCCGUCACAUGUUGUGCCUACAACCAUAACGGCCAAUUAUUGUACGCGGGAUGCGCUGAUGGUUCAGUACGAACUGUAGACCUUAGACAUAGUGAAAUUGUUGAUCGCUGGACUCCACACGCAGACCGAUUAAUGUGUUUACAGUUGUCUCCAGAUCAUAAUGAUUGCUAUACCUUAGGAGCGGAUAAAAAAAUAUGCCGUACUAGCAUGAACGGGAAUAAACAAUCGUGUGUAUGGGAAGUGAAUGUCAAAAACGACAGUCUGCUUCAGCCUAAUAAAUGUAUGAGCCAAGCAUUUACUUUAGAUCAAUCUGGUAGCUAUAUGCUAUUAUGUCAUAGUCAACAUAACGGAGGAAACAUUUAUAAGAUAACUAGUACUGGUUUAAGCAUCGUUUUAUCUCUUAAAGAACAUCAAAGUGUUCCUAUUGUUUGUGACUGGUCGUCAUUGAAUCAGUGUGGUACAUGCGUAACCGGUUCAGACGAUGGUACCAUAUGUAUAUCUACGCUUUUAACACCAUAAAAACUAAUAUUUUACAAUAAUUAUUAUUUAUAUUUAUUUAAUUAUUAUUACUAUUGUUACAAGAUUUGUCAUAACAUAAACAAUUUUUUUUUAAAUAGCUAAUAUAUACAUUAUUUAUAUUAUGUAUCAAAAGUGAUUGACAUUUACAUUUUAUAUACAUUUUUACUACAUUUACCAAUCAAUAACCGUAUUUAUCAUUUAAACUUGUACGACCAUCGCCUUUUUGAUCAGAUGGAGGUCUCCAAACCAUUGUUCCAAAAUCUUCUGUCAUAUCUUUUUCAGCAGUCUUGGCAAUAAUCUAUAAUUUCAUAAAAAAAAUAAUAUAACAAUGCAUAAUAUAUGUACAAAAUAAAUAAAUAAAGU